UAAGAAAAAUACUUUUCUAGCUGAUGAAUCGUAUAAAAAGACAUUUCAUGACACAAGUAAGUCGCAUAACGAAAAACAUGUUUCCCUAUCGAGGUCUAAUUGUUCUGAUCGCACUUUGUGCUUUUGGUGCUAUCCAAGCAUCUUACGAAGCUGACUAUGGUUUUGAAGGUUUCAAACACCACGGACACCACAACUCAUCGAACUCUACCGGUCCAUCUGGAAACCACAGCCACCCCCACCAUCCCGGACACAAUAGCUCCCAUCCAGCUGGUGGCAACCACAGCCAUCCCCAUCAUCCAGGACACCCAGGACACAACAAUGGCUCCCAUCCCGUAGGUGGAAACCACAGCCACCCUCAUCAUCCAUCCGGUAACCAAAGCCACCCACACCAUCCUGGACACUCCAACUCAAGCCAAUGGAGAGUACCAAAGGAUGGUUUCAGACCCCCAAAGGGAUUCAAGCCACGUCCAAUCCGCGAUUUGCCCGCUGAUAGGGAAGAUCGUCCAGUUCCACUUCCAGCUGUUGAUAUGCCCCAUAUUAAUGAUGCUGAGCCAAGAGGAUUUUUCAACCGAUUGUUCAACUUCUCCAGGCCAGUCUAUCAUCAACCACAAGUGAAUAGGAAUUCAUCGUGGUACAACCCCCAUCGCCCAUCAAACAACUCUUGGUCACCAUGGGGUUAAUUCAACAGGAGUUCCAGGUACAACAACAUUUGAUCUCUUCUAGAUUUUUUGUACCUCCUUGAAAUAAACUUUCUUGCAUACGAGUAUUAAAAAA